AUGCCCACCACCCCAGCGUGGGGCCAUGCGCCCGCCGUGUCCGCGGCGCCAUACCCUCCUGUCCAUACCAGUCCCCCCACCCCCCUCGGCCCCUUCAACUUCACCUACGCCCCCUCGAUAGGCGCAGAGCCAGUCACGCUCCGCGGGGUGAUCACGCCGCUGUCGGCUCCGCUGCCGGCGUACCUCGCGCAGAACAGCGGUGACGACGCACUGCGGACCUUCAUCUACGCCGACUUUAUCCAGCGCCAGGCCGAGCCAGCGCCGGUGUGUACCUGUGUCUACUGCCCCAGUGCGCAGGGAGCAGUGCACUCCGUCCCCGUGUUCCGUGUCGACGAUCCGCAGGCUCCUCGAGCUCCUCAAGCACCUCAAGCUCCUCCGCCGGUCGCGGUUGACGUGGCGGUUGACCUUCCCUCUGGCGUCCCGGUCAAUGGCCAAGCUCCUCCUCCCAGCCCCCCUCGCAGCACACCGCCUACGGUCACGACAGGUGUGCAGACCGAUCCUGUAGCCUCCCCCCCGCAGCCUAAAGCCUCGGUUCUGCAGCCGCCUGAUCGCCCGCCCCGUCGUAGAGUGGUUUCCAAGACAACACCUGCUGGAACUGCUGAUCAAUCUGCGCCCAGCAGGAGUGAACCGGCACACGAGUCUGAUCAGCGGCAGGAAGGCGCAGGUUCGACGCCCGGUCACACACCCAAGAAGCGCAGCUCACGGCGUCGUCGUGAAGAGGACAUUCCGCCUGUUCCUCCGCUCCCACCGCUUCAUUCGGCAUCGCUUCACCGCUCGCCAUUGGACUCGAGCGGCAGCCAUGACAGCCUCCCUCCGUUCGGCGACACGCUAACUUUCUCAACGAAGGACAAGAAAAAGGCCAAGGCCGAGUCGCCUCCCGCUUUCCAGAUCCUCACCUGGCCUCGUGCCCGCCUCCCCCCACCGCGGGUCCCCUCGGUACCCUUCCCUCUCAGCCUCGAGGCCGCCGACGAGUCGAACACUGCUCGACCUCCGCCAAGUCAACGCUUACCCCUUCCCGAUGCCUGGACGAACGGAGGUGAACGCCCCUCGGUCGUGCCCCAGGUCCGCGAUGACACCGACUGGCGACUGGCCAUGGGGAGCGUCAAGUCUCUCCGCAAGCUUGCUCCCCGGCGAAAACCUACGGCCGAUGUGCUGAACGCCGAUUUCUCUGCCAGCUUGGCUCUUGAUGACAUCUCGGUCGCCUUGUCAGAGCUCGCGAGGCUUCUGUCCCUUCAAGAGCAAUCUAUGGAGGUCACUCUUGGCAUUGGCCGCAACAUAUCAAACACGUUGCGUGACUACAUCGCACCACCUUCUGUAGGUGUCGUCUGA